UGAGAAAGCUUUCUUCGGCACGCAAUCAUGCAACUGAGCAUUACACACGGCUUUGAAACCAUCGCCGAAGGCAACAACAAAAUCUUUGCCUGGGGUUCAUUUUUGGUGAUUCUUCGCCUCAAUUCGUAUUGCUAUUUCAUUAUCCUCAUUGCAGGUUCUCACUUUUUGGAAAUUCACUCCUCCAUUCGCAAUGUGCCUCUCGAAUCCAUCCACCGCCGGGGAAGAACUGCGGCAUCGCAAGAGUGGUAGUGUGAGCCCCACCAGUGUCAUCUCCGAAACUUCCUUUCCCAUCCAGCAAUUGCAAGAAAAAGAAGAAGUCAAGCAGCAGAAACCCACAAAUGUCCGCGAUAAGAACGCCAUUCAAAAGCUCUUUACCAGCAAAGAAGAGAGCCAUGUCUUUCACGUGCACAAGAUUCUGGGUGUCACGGCGUUGAUCUCCUACGUUUACCGAUUUGCUCAUCUGGGAGACAACGAUGGCAACUUUGGACCCAAUAUCGGAACCCUUGUCUUUAUCUUUCACCAUUGGUUCUUGAAUGGCAGCAGUUUCGUCUUUGCCAUUCCACAUCGCCGCAUUCGGGAUGGCGGAUUUCGGAUUUGGCCGGAAUACAGGUGGCACUCUUUGAUGUUUGCCACUCGCAACUUGGCGGGGAUGCUCUUGAUCUGGUACGAACAAACACGACAAGUUACCCAACCCCACUACUUUAUGGACUGGCUCAUUGUUCUGGGCACGUGUGCCGGUGCAGACUAUGGAUCCUAUCUGCAGGGGGAUUCCCGUUCCAAUACCGUUCGAGGGACGACCUACAGCGACCCCUAUGGCAAAUGGUUUGCGUCUGAAAUGCAGUUCAACUUGACCGCGCUCAGCUUGAUUGGAGCACGACGCUACACCAUGCAUCUCGUAGGAGUCGUCAUCAUUCAAUUGAAUAGUUUCCUCAUGACACUGCGUCGCAAAAACGUGGCGUCUCAUGAAGUACUCACGGCGGGUUAUGGACUCUUGUUGGUGAUUGGAUUCUGGAUUGGUGUCAUGGAAGAUGAUUACACCGAACUCAUGUAUCCGGUCGGCACCAUUGGCAGUAUGGCCGUGAUUCUGCGCAUGGGACCACUCCAUCUGAACAAGUACAUCUUGUGGACGGUACUGUGGUUGGCUCUGCACGUUAUUCGUACUUACGACUUGGUCCAUGUGGGAUACAAUGUCUUUUGGCUCUGUGCUUUUGUGGUCACCAAAUUCAUUGCCACGGCGUUGGGUAUGCGCAAACGGAGCCAGGAGUUAAAGGCCACAAGCAACGAUGGUUCCAUGGUGCAGAAUCGGAUGGUUUAUACUGCCUUUAUCAGCUAUGCUUUCCUCGGGGCAUACAUGUACUACCGAAACAUCUACUUGGAAGAAUUGUGGGAGGAGUAAAAACAGAACAAUCACCUCAUCGUUGAACCAACAGCAAUCGGCAUCGAUG